AGCAGAGUUUGAUUUUGUGCGUAGCAGCAGAGCACUGCGCCGGAGUUACGUAUUUUGCGUACAGUGCGUACGUUAGCCUACUUCCUGCCUGCUGCUGCAGUCAGAAAUGGCGGAGCUGAAAGAGGCGGACGCUUCUCAGCAGCACCAGGAGGACGAAGGUAUCAAACGUGAUACAGAUGAGGAUGCUCCUGGGGCGCUGGUCCAGGCUCCCGGGGGGCCGGUCCAAGCUGCAGACAGUGACACCAAACCUUCAACCACGACCUCCGACAGACACAUCUCCAUCCAGACCAAGCUGGAAGGCCUAGAGAUGCUGGUGGACCUAAAUGGGGCGGGGCGGAAGUCCUGCCCUCUUUGUCCAGAGGAGAAGUUCAAAGCUUGCUACAGCCACAAACUACGCAGACACCUGCAGAAGCUCCACUGGAAGGUCUACGUGGAUUUCCAGGGCAGCAGGAUGUGCAUCUGCCACCUGCCCUGUAGGAACCCCAGGCCCAGCCAGAGUGGAGAUCCGGGGGCGGGGAGACACAUGGCCCACUACCACUGCGUGGUUUGCUCUGUCACCAUCGCCCGUAGGACCGACAUGAUCAGCCACCUCAGACGCCAUGACAACAAAGGAGAGACGGAGGCCAGCUACUGCGGGAGCUCAGAGGUCCAGGUGGAGGAGCCGACCCCGUCGGGUCAGGACUACGAGAUCAUGAAAGAACUCGGAACCAACGUCCAGCUCCUGCCGAACCACACCACCCCGCUGAAGAGCGACACCUACUUCAACCGGAAGAUGAAGACCAACAGGCAGCUGGUGUUUUGUUCCCUCGCUGUUCUGGCAGAGGAGAGAAGCCCGCUGGAGUGUCUGGACGCGUUUGGAGCAACAGGCAUCAUGGGCCUCCAGUGGGCCAAACACCUUCGGAACGCCGUCAAAGUGACCAUAACGGACAUCAAUGACACGUGCAUCAAAAUGAUUAAAGAGAACUGUGAGCUGAACAACAUCCGAGUGGAUGGAGGCUCUCGAGGCCCUCGGGGAACCGAUAAGGUUGGCGGUGAGGCAGAGACGGCUCCUAUUGCUACCGUGGAGGUCGCCAAGAUGGACGCCAAUGUCAUCAUGCAUUUGCGACCUUUUGACUAUAUCCACCUGGAUCCAUUCGGCACGGCUGUUAACUACCUGGAUGCUGCCUUCAGGAACGUCAGAAACCUUGGCAUCAUCUCGGUGACAUCAACAGACACCGGCUCGCUCUACGCCAAGUCACCCAAUGUCACCCUGCGCCACUACGGCUGCCACAUCGUCCGGACAGAGUACUUCAAAGAGCUGGCUGCACGCAUGGUUGUUGCCGCCGUGGCCAGAGCGGCGGCACGCUGUAACAAAGGCAUCGAGGUGCUGCUGACUGUGGCGUUGGAGCAUUUUGUGCUGGUGGUUGUGAGGGUACUCAGAGGUCCGACUCAAGCGGACGAGUCGGCCAAGAGGCUUCGCAAGCUGGUCCACUGCCAGUGGUGUGAGGAGAGAGUCUUCCUGAAACAAGGCAACAUGGUGGACGACACACUCCCCUGUAACUGUCAUGGCAGUCUGCCUGGAAGGACCGCGGUGCAGCUGGGACCUCUGUGGUCUGGUCCUCUGUUUAACACCGGCUUCCUGAGGAGGAUGCUGUCUGCAGCCGUGCACCACAGCAUGGACGACAUCCAGCCACUCGUCAAAACUCUGAUCUGCGAGUCUGAGUGCACCCCCCUCAAGUCUUUGGUGCACGGGUCGUCCGCUCUCACCAACCAGGUGGAGUGUGGAGUCGUUAUCAAGACGUUGCAGAGCGCAGAGGAUGGAGGUCCAGCUGAUGAGUCCGGGAAGAGGAAAAGUGGGGAGGAAUCUGGCAAUGUAGUGAAGAAGUUAAAGGCCGACUCUUCCCUGGAACAUCCGCCUUUCUAUUACAGCGUCAACCGGCACAGCAUCCGGGGAAUGAACAUGCCCAAGCUGAACAAGUUCCUGCAGUACCUGACAGAGGCUGGCUUCAGGGUGAGCCGGACUCACUUUGACCCGACGGGGGUCCGAACCGACGCCACGCUGCAGCAGUUCAAAUCAGUCCUCAGCAACCACAGCGCCCCCACCUGCACAAACGUCGGUACCAGCAGCACCCAGACCAGCAUCAGCACCGAGAACCCCGUCUGAGCCCGGGAAAGCCUUGGAAAAUGGCAGCUCCUCCUUCCUGAUGACGUUCAUUUAGCACAUUUUUAUGAAUCUGUUAAUUUGAUUUUAAUCUAAUUUACUGAAAACAGUAUUUCAUUUUAUUUUUCUUAUCCGUCUUUUAGAAGCACAAAUAAAUCUUUCUGUGAAUGAC